UUUUUCUCGGCUCCCGUUGCAAUCAUGGCCGUGAACAAUAUUUCAAAGAAGCGAAAAUUUGUUGGAGAUGGAGUUUUCAAGGCGGAACUCAAUGAGUUCCUCACUAGGGAGCUGGCCGAGGACGGCUACUCCGGCGUGGAAGUCCGGGUCACUCCCAUCCGCUCGGAGAUCAUUAUUAUGGCCACCAGGACACAAAGUGUGCUCGGAGAGAAAGGACGCAGAAUCCGUGAGCUGACUUCCGUAGUACAGAAGCGAUUCAACAUUCCAGAGCAAUCUGUAGAAUUGUAUGCUGAAAAGGUGGCUACUCGUGGUCUUUGCGCUAUCGCCCAGGCCGAAUCUCUAAGAUACAAGCUUAUCGGAGGUCUCGCUGUACGUCGUGCUUGCUAUGGUGUUCUCCGUUUCAUCAUGGAAUCUGGCGCCCGUGGUUGUGAAGUUGUUGUAUCUGGCAAGCUGCGUGGUCAACGUGCCAAAUCAAUGAAGUUUGUAGAUGGACUCAUGAUCCACUCUGGAGACCCUUGCAAUGACUACGUCAACACUGCUACCAGACAUGUGCUUCUCAGGCAAGGAGUACUAGGAAUCAAGGUCAAAAUCAUGUUGCCGUGGGACCAGCAAGGCAAGAACGGCCCGAAGAAGCCACAACCAGACCACAUCCUGGUGACAGAGCCCAAGGACGAGCCCGUGCCCCUCGAGCCGACCAGCGAAGUGCGCUCCCUCGCGCCCGCGCCUCUGCCGCAGCCGGUCGCCGCUGUCGCUUAGGAUAUAAGACUAUAUUAAUAAAAAAAA